AUGACCCUGUGGAACGGGGUACUGCCUUUUUACCCCCAGCCCCGGCAUGCCGCAGGCUUCAGCGUUCCACUGCUCAUCGUUAUUCUAGUGUUUUUGGCUUUAGCAGCAAGCUUCCUGCUCAUCCUGCCCGGGAUCCGUGGCCACUCGCGCUGGUUUUGGUUGGUGAGAGUUCUGCUCAGUCUGUUCAUAGGCGCAGAAAUAGUGGCUGUGCACUUCAGUGCAGAAUGGUUCGUGGGUAGAGUGAACACCAACACAUCCUACAAAGCCUUCAGUGCAGCGCGCGUUACAGCCCGUGUGGGUCUGCUCGUGGGCCUGGAGGGCAUUAAUAUUACACUCACAGGGACCCCAGUGCAUCAGCUGAACGAGACCAUUGACUACAACGAGCAGUUCACCUGGCGUCUGAGAGAGAAUUACGCCGCGGAGUACGCGAACGCGCUGGAGAAGGGGCUGCCGAACCCUGUUCUCUACCUGGCGGAGAAGUUCACACCGAGUAGCCCUUGCGGCCUGUACCACCAGUACCGCCUGGCGGGACACUACGCCUCGGCCACGCUGUGGGUGGCAUUCUGCUUCUGGCUCCUCUCCAACGUGCUGCUCUCCACGCCGGCCCCGCUCUACGGAGGCCUGGCACUGCUGACCACUGGAGCCUUCGCGCUCUUCGGGAUCUUCGCCUUCGCCUCCAUCUCCAGCGUGCCGCUCUGCCCGCUCCGCCUAGGCUCCGCCGUGCUCACCGCUCAGUACGGAGCCGCCUUCUGGGUCACGCUGGCAACCGGCAUCCUGUGCCUCUUCCUCGGAGGAGCGGUGGUGAGUCUCCACUAUGUUCGGCCCAGCGCUCUUCGCACCCUUCUGGACCAAAGCGCGGAGGACUGCAGCCAGGCGAAAGGGGGCUCACCUCUUAUCCUCGGCAACCCACUGCACAAGCAGGCCGCGCUCCCGGACUUAAAAUUCAUCACCACUAACCUGUGA